GUUGACAGAGUUGCCACCCUUGCGUGACUUUUGUUAUAGAGACGGCCGCCAUUAGAGUUUUGUCUGUCGCGUCGCGUUGAAAAAGUGUGGAAAACCUCCUAAAAACAGUGCUAAUAGGUAACACUGCACCAGUUGGUUCUGGAAUAUUUAAAGGAAACCUUCGGAUAAAGCACAGAAAAGGAGCUGCAAUAUGGCCUCGCCCUCUCCGGCGAACAGUCCCAUGCCACCGCCACAGGCGCCCAGUCCGAUGGCUCCGCCCUCGCAGAGCCCCGCCCCCUCGCCGCACAGCCCCUAUCCUCACCAGCAGCAAGGACCUCCCCUGCAAGGACCCCCGCCACCGGGUCACCCUGGCGCCUACGGCCAUCCCAUGCAGCACGGGCCACCGGGCCAGGGUCCGCCGGGACACCACAUGCCACCGCACCACCAGGGGAUGAUUUUCUCAAAAGGUCCGCACAUGGGAAUGCAGAUGCCGCCGACGGGUCCGAAUAUGUCCCCAAUUGGAUACCAAACGCACGGAAUGCCACCCAACGCUGCCACCCAACCCUGCAUAGUGUCACCUGGAGGCCCACCUGGUGGUCCGCCACCACCGGAGCGCUCCAGUCAGGAGAACCUGCACGCCCUGCAACGCGCCAUCGAUUCGAUGGAGGAGAAGGGCCUGCAGGAGGAUCCCCGCUACUCGCAGCUGCUGGCCAUGCGGGCCACCUCCAAGCAUCAGCACCUCAAUGGCAACCAGGUCAAUCUGUUGCGCACUCAGAUCACCGCCUAUCGGUUGCUGGCGCGGAACAAGCCCAUAUCCAUGCAGAUGCAGCAGGCGCUUCAGGCGGCACAGCAACAGCCGCCGCCAGGACCUCCGAUUGGGCCACCCGGAGCACCAGGUGGCCCCCCUCCUGGCAGUCAACAUGUGGGUCAGCCGCCAGUGCAGCCCCAGCAGCAGCAACAACCGCCUCCGUCGGCAGGAACGCCGCCCCAGUGCUCCACUCCUCCUGCCAGCAAUCCCUAUGGCCCGCCAGUUCCUGGCCAGAAGAUGCAGGUAGCUGCCCCACCGCCACACAUGCAGCAGGGUCAGCCGUUGCCACCACAACCGCCACAGGUGGGCGGACCGCCGCCCAUCCAGCAGCAGCAGCAACAGCCUCCGCAGCAGCAGCAGCAGCAACAACAGUCGCAACCACCGCCACCGGAGCAACUGCAGCACCAGUUGCCCAACGGAGGCAAACCCCUGAGCAUGGGACCCGCCGGUGGACAGCCCCUGAUCCCGCCCUCGCCCAUGCAGCCGCAAGUGAGGGGUGCUCUGCCGGGAAUGCCGCCCGGCAGUCAGGUGCCGCAGCCAGGCGGAGGUGGUCCGCCCCGACAAGUGCCGCCAGCUGGGAUGCCCAUGCCGAAGCCCAAUCGCAUCACAACGGUGGCCAAGCCCGUGGGUCUGGACCCCAUUACCCUACUGCAGGAGCGGGAGAAUCGGAUAGCAGCCAGGAUCUCGCUGCGCAUGCAGGAGUUGCAGCGUUUGCCGGCCACCAUGUCCGAGGAUCUGCGACUGCAAGCAGCCAUCGAGUUGAGGGCCCUGAGGGUCCUCAAUUUCCAGCGGCAGCUGCGCAUGGAGUUUGUCCAGUGCACGAGAAGGGACACCACUUUGGAGACGGCGCUGAACAUCAAGUUCUACAAGAGGACCAAGCGACAGGGUCUGCGGGAGGCGCGUGCCACCGAAAAGCUGGAAAAGCAGCAGAAGCUGGAGGCUGAACGGAAACGCCGGCAGAAGCAUCUGGAGUUCCUGGCCGCAGUGCUGCAGCACGGCAAGGAUCUGAGGGAGUUCCACAGGAAUAAUAAGGCUCAGCUGGCCCGGAUGAACAAGGCAGUGAUGAACCAUCAUGCGAAUGCGGAACGCGAACAGAAGAAGGAACAGGAGCGCAUCGAGAAGGAACGUAUGCGACGGUUGAUGGCCGAGGAUGAGGAGGGCUACCGCAAGCUCAUUGAUCAGAAGAAGGACAAGCGGCUGGCCUUCCUGCUGUCGCAGACGGAUGAGUACAUCAGCAACCUCACGCAGAUGGUGAAGCAGCACAAGGACGACCAGAUGAAGAAGAAGGAGGAGGAGGGCAAACGGCUGUUGCUCUUCAAGAAGGAGCUGCUGAUGAGCGGCGAGUACAUUGGCAUCGACGAGGGCAGCAUUGUGGCCGACAUGCGAGUCCAUGUGGUGGAGCAGUGCACGGGCAAGAAGCUCACCGGCGAUGAUGCGCCAAUGCUGAAGCACUUGCAUCGCUGGCUGAACAUGCAUCCCGGUUGGGAUUGGAUCGACGACGAGGAGGACAGUUGCGGCAGCAGCGACGAUCACAAGCCCAAGGUGGAGGAGCAGCCGAUGGCCACCGAGGAUGUCACCGACAAGGCGGCGCCGACGGGCAGCGAGGGGCAGGACGAUCCCAAGGAUCUGAUCACCAAGGCCAAGGUGGAGGACGACGAGUACAGGACGGAGGAGCAGACCUACUACAGCAUCGCCCACACUAUUCACGAGAAGGUGGUCGAGCAGGCCAGCAUCAUGGUGAACGGUUCGCUCAAGGAGUACCAGAUCAAGGGCCUCGAGUGGUUGGUCUCCCUCUACAACAACAAUCUGAACGGCAUCCUGGCCGAUGAGAUGGGUUUGGGCAAGACCAUUCAGACCAUUUCACUGGUCACAUACCUCAUGGACCGCAAGAAGGUGAUGGGUCCCUACCUGAUCAUCGUCCCACUCUCGACCCUGCCCAAUUGGGUGCUGGAGUUCGAGAAGUGGGCGCCCGCCGUGGGCGUGGUCAGCUACAAGGGCAGCCCGCAGGGCAGGAGACUGCUGCAGAAUCAAAUGCGGGCCACCAAGUUCAAUGUGCUGCUAACCACCUAUGAGUACGUGAUCAAGGACAAGGCGGUUCUGGCCAAGAUCCAGUGGAAGUACAUGAUCAUCGACGAGGGUCACCGCAUGAAGAACCACCACUGCAAGCUCACCCAGGUGCUGAACACCCACUACAUUGCUCCCUAUCGGCUGCUACUCACGGGCACACCGCUGCAAAACAAACUGCCCGAGUUGUGGGCUCUGCUCAACUUCCUGCUACCCUCGAUCUUCAAGUCCUGCUCCACCUUUGAGCAGUGGUUCAACGCUCCGUUCGCCACCACCGGCGAGAAGGUGGAGCUAAACGAGGAGGAGACGAUCCUCAUCAUUCGCCGCCUGCACAAGGUGCUGCGUCCCUUCCUCCUGCGUCGCCUCAAAAAGGAGGUGGAGCACCAGCUGCCCGACAAGGUGGAGUACAUCAUCAAGUGCGACAUGUCCGCCUUGCAGCGCGUUCUCUACAAGCACAUGCAGAGCAAGGGCGUCCUGCUCACCGACGGAUCCGAGAAGGGCAAACACGGCAAAGGCGGCGCCAAGGCGCUGAUGAACACGAUCGUCCAGCUGCGCAAGCUGUGCAACCAUCCGUUCAUGUUCCAGCACAUCGAGGAGAAAUACUGCGACCACACUGGCGGCCAUGGAGUGGUGUCCGGACCCGAUUUGUAUCGCGUGUCUGGCAAAUUCGAGCUGCUCGAUCGCAUUCUGCCCAAGCUGAAGGCCACCAACCAUCGCGUCCUGCUCUUCUGUCAGAUGACCCAGUGCAUGACCAUCAUCGAGGACUACCUGGGCUGGCGCCAGUUUGGCUACCUUCGACUGGACGGCACCACCAAGGCCGAAGAUCGUGGCGAGCUGCUGCGCAAGUUCAACGCCAAGGGCUCGGACGUCUUUGUCUUUCUGCUGUCCACCCGAGCCGGCGGUUUGGGUCUCAAUCUGCAGACGGCCGACACUGUGGUGAUCUUCGACUCCGAUUGGAAUCCUCACCAGGAUCUGCAGGCCCAGGAUCGUGCCCAUCGUAUCGGUCAGCGCAAUGAGGUGCGUGUUCUUCGUCUGAUGACGGUCAACUCCGUGGAGGAGCGCAUCCUGGCCGCCGCCAGAUACAAGCUAAACAUGGACGAGAAGGUCAUCCAGGCCGGUAUGUUCGAUCAGAAGUCGACGGGCAGUGAGCGACAGCAGUUCCUCCAAACGAUCCUGCAUCAGGACGACAACGAAGAGGAGGAGGAAAACGAGGUGCCCGAUGACGAAAUGAUCAACAUGAUGAUUGCUCGCAGCGAGGAGGAGAUCGAGAUCUUCAAGCGUAUGGACACGGAGCGCAAGAAGGAGGAUGAGGAGAUCCAUCCGGGCAGGGAACGCCUCAUCGACGAGUCCGAGUUGCCCGACUGGUUGACCAAGGACGACGACGAAGUGGAGCGAUUCCAUUAUCAGUACGAUGAGGAUACCAUUCUGGGUCGCGGCUCCCGGCAGCGAAAAGAGGUGGACUACACGGACAGCCUGACCGAGAAGGAGUGGCUGAAGGCCAUCGACGAUGGCGCUGAAUUCGACGAGGAGGAGGAGGAAGACGACUCCAAGCGCAAGCGACGCAAGCGCAAGAAUCGCAAGGAAGAGUCCGACGACGAUUCGUUGAUCCUGAAGCGGCGGCGACGCCAGAACCUGGACAAGCGCUCCAAGAAGCAGAUGCACAAGAUCAUGAGUGCGGUGAUCAAGCACAACCAAGACGGGCGCACCCUGUCCGAGCCGUUCAUGAAGCUGCCGUCGCGCCAGCGCCUGCCCGACUACUACGAGAUCAUCAAGCGGCCGGUGGACAUUAAGAAAAUCCUGCAGCGCAUCGAGGACUGCAAGUAUGCCGAUCUCAACGAGCUGGAGAAGGACUUCAUGCAGUUGUGCCAGAACGCACAGAUCUACAACGAAGAGGCCUCGCUGAUCUACCUGGAUUCGAUUGCCUUGCAGAAGAUAUUCGUUGGGGCCAGGCAGCGGGUAACCGCAGCAGCGGACGCAGCCGCAGUGGCAGCCGGAGAGAAUACGGGUGAAGCGCACGGAAAUGGCGGCGGCUCCGACAACUCGGACAACGACGACGACGAUGGAGGGGAUGAUGGGUCCGAUGACGAGGAGAUUGCCACCACAUCCGCGGCUGCUGUCAAAAUGAAGCUCAAACUGAACAAAUCUCUGGCCAGUGCACCCUCCACGCCGACGCAAUCAUCCUCGAAUGUGGGCAGCGGAGCGGCCACCACAUCCAAAAAGCAGACGCGUCGCAAGCGGUCCCAGAAGAAGUACACCAUUUCGGACGACGACGACGAUGAUAUGGACUAGCUACCGUUGGGUGUGAUCUUCAAGCGCGGAUCGUCGGAUGUCGAAGGCAUGGGCAAUUGAUUUUUAGUUAGCAUAAGUUUAAACCCUUUCGAGGCAUUUGCUUAUCUCUGCGAGCCUCCCUAUCAGGCUAUCACUAUCACUUCUGUCUAUUCAUCUUUCAUAGUUGUAGGUUCCCCCUUAAGUUUCCUUUUUAAUGAUUUACGCACACAGAAAUUCUUUCUCCCCCCAACUCUAUUGAUUGUAUAAUUACGUGCUUUAAAAUAAAUGCAUAUUAAACAUAAUAAAA